ACAAACAAAAACGGCUGCUGUCGAGCCACGACUGGGCAAUAACUGUGGCGAUACUUUUUAAUAUACAGACCGGGCGAUGAGAAAUCGAUUACUCAAGAGUAACGAGCCCCGCAUAUGCAGUACACUGGUGAGCUAGCAGCAGAGAGCAGCGACCUGCUGCAAUUGUGUGAGGGCGCCGCUGGGUGAGUCCCUCUCUCCGCUGCUUCUGUCUCCACAGCUCCCUUUUCCCAAAGAAAAGAAGAGAAGAACUAGGUCCGGGGAGGAGGGCCGCCGCCAUUAUCGGAAAGCUGGCAGAAAUACCACUUUCACACACGCAAUCUGCUCACGAAUUCACCGGGACACGAGCAGUUUCUGUUGCGGUAGAAGCGUGUUUGAGACGAAAACGCCACGGCGAUUGCAACAAACUCAGCCGUUUGUCUCGUGUGCGCGGCCGGCCUCAGCAUUAUGUGGGCACAACAAUGGACAGAAUAAUUAUUGAAAAAGCAACGUGGUGAACCGAGGAGAAGACGGCUAAGCUGGGCUUUUUUUUUUUUUUUUUUUUUUAACGCCUGAAUUUUUCGUGAAGGAAAGCCCCCUUGCGAGAACACAACUGGAUUGUUCUAUCAUAUGGAAUAUUUAUUUCUUUCCUUUCCCCCCCGUGUGUUUUUAAUUGCAGCCGAAAAAAAACAGUGGUGCUAAACAAGAGAAUCCCCCGGCAUGGGUAAUGGAUAUUUAAAUCAAAUCGCCCGAUCGCACAAGUUUGCGGUAUAAUCGGCGAUAUCUGUGAAUUGAGACGACAAACAGUGUAUUCUGCGGGCUUUAUGCUUAUGCACAUCAGGCGGCGAGGGCUGCGGCAAGCGCUGGCCUGACAGAUGCAAGAGGAGAAAGGGAGAACUGCGAUGGAUCUGAUUCAUGGAAGGACUGAAUGAAAGAACUCUCAGCUCAUAUCACUGCGCUGCCAUUUAUUAAAAUCGACGCCCAGCCGAAGAAAGUGAAAUCUGAUAUCCACUGUGGAUCAGCAACUGUAUGGACAAAUAUUCAAGUGAACUCCUUUAUACAGUGCCUGUUUAUGGCAGGAUGAGCGUCAGCAGACUAUGAUGGCGAAAAAGCAAGAUGCCCGAUCGCCCAUUUACAACCUCAUUGUGGUGGGAUUGUCAGGAACAGAGAAAGAGAAGGGGCAAUGUGGGGUUGGCAAGUCCUGCUUGUGUAAUAGGUAUGUGCGGCCUAGUGCUGAUGACUUCUACCUGGACCACACAUCAGUGUUGAGCACCAGUGACUUUGGGGGUCGAGUGGUCAACAAUGAUCACUUCCUGUUUUGGGGGGAGGUGUCACGGGUUCUGGAGGAGGGACCUGAGUGCAGGAUGCAUGUUGUGGAGCAAACAGAAUUCAUCGAUGACCAGACAUUUCAGCCGCAUCGUAGCACUGCUAUGCAGCCCUAUAUCAAACGGGCAGCCGCAACAAAGCUGGCUUCAGCAGAGAAGCUCAUGUACUUCUGUACAGAUCAACUCGGCCUGGAGCAAGACUUUGAGCAAAAACAAAUGCCUGAGGGCAAGCUGCAGGUUGAUGGCUUCCUGCUUUGCGUUGAUGUCAGCCGAGGCAUGAACCGCAACUUUGAUGACCAGCUGAAAUUUGUAACUAACCUGUAUGGUCAGCUUAGCAAGACUAAGAAACCAAUUGUGCUGGUCCUCACCAAAUGUGAUGAAGGAGUUGAGCGCUACAUAAAAGAUGCGCAUACGUUUGCAAUCACAAAAAAGAGUCUGCCAGUAGUCGAGACAUCGGCACGCUCAAAUAUAAAUGUGGACCUUGCCUUCCUCACUUUGGUUCAACUUAUCGAUAAGAGCAGGGGCAAGCCCAAGAUCAUUCCCUAUUUUGAAGCCCUAAAGCUCCAGAGUCAGCAGAUAGCAUCUGCCAAAGAUCGCUAUGAAUGGCUUAUAAAUCGUAUAGUAAAGAAUCAUAAUGAAACCUGGUUAAACACCAGUCGGCGAAUGAACACCUCCCCAGAGUACAAAGAGUAUGUGUUCUUGGAGGGAACGGCUAAAUGCAAGAAGCUUUUUCAACAGCAUGUCUACCGUCUGAAGCAAGAACAUAUUGAGAGGCGUCGCAAAAUAUACCUAAGCACUCUUCCUUUAGCACUUAGUUCUUUGGUGCCUGACCUGGAUGAGAUAGAUCAACUGAGUUGGUCUGGGGUACAAAAGGUCCUAGAGUCCAAGCAGCACUUUGCCCACUGGUUUGUUGUUCUUGAGGACUCACCAUGGGAGGAUACAUCUCACAUUGAUAACAUGGAAGAUGAGCGAAUCCCAUCAGACCUACUGGAGACUGGUGAAGCAGAGGAUAUAUUUAAUGCCCACCUGGAACAUCUGCGCAAUGAGUGUAGACGGGCAGAGAUGAGGCUGGAGUUCAAACACAAAUUAGCUUCCUCUCCCUUUGUCACACCUGGCAAACCUUGGGAGGAGGCCCGCAGCUUUAUCAUGAAUGAAGAGUUCUACCAGUGGCUUGAGGAGACGGAGUACUUAGACCUGUACAACCGCCAUCAGAAGGAGAUCAUUGAUCGUGCUAAAGAAGACUUUCAGGAGCUCUUAUUGGAGUACUCUGAGCUUUUUUAUGAGCUUGAGGUGGAUGCCAAGCCUAGCAAAGAGAAGAUGGGGGCAAUCCAAGAGGUCCUGGGGGAGGAACAGAGAUUCAAGGCGCUACAAAAGCUUCCAGCUGAAAGGGAUGCGCUGGUAUUGAAGCAUAUCCACUUUGUCUAUCACCCUACCAAGGAGACCUGCCCUAGCAGUCCUCACUGUGGAGAUUCUAAGAUUGAACAAAUCUUAGUGUCACGUUUCCCCACGUGUUACCCCUUCUUAGAUGUGAAAGCUCAUUUCGGGGACACCAAGGCCGACAGAAUUAACCUUGUCAUACUGGGAAAGGAUGGACUGGCCAGAGAAUUUGCCAAUGAGAUUAGGGCUCUCUGCACAAAUGAUGACUGGUAUGUGUUAGACGGGAAGAUGUAUGAACUGACACUGCGGCCUAUCGAGGGAAAUGUUCGUCUUCCAGUAAACUCCUUCCACACCCCCACCUUCACCCCCCAUGGAUGUCUGUGUCUGUAUAAUUCAAAAGAAUCUCUCUCCUAUGUCGUUGAGAGCCUUGAGCGACUUAGGGAGUCAACUCUAGGUCGAAGGGAUAGCCAGCUAUCACAGCUACCAACAUCACUGCUUUUAGUUACUAAAAGAGGCGUCGGAUCAUAUGUGGAUAUAGGUGGAGAAACUGCCUUAAACCUAAUAACACAGGGACAGCAGGUUGCAAGGAGACUGCAGUGUAGCUUUUUAGACCCUGCCUCCCCUGGUGUGGGCUAUGGCCAUAAUGUCAAUGAGACCCAAAUCAACCAGGUGCUGAGGGGCCUUCUGGAUAUUAGGAGGAGCACAUCCUUCAGUAGCAGCUCCCCACCCCUCCUCCCCGAGCCUCCAGGUCUCCGAGACUCUCCUCAUCAGCCGGCCCCCGAGGCAGACCUUCGCAUUGUCAUGUGCUUAAUGUGUGGAGACUCGUAUGAUAUCGAGCAGCUCCUGUCACCUUUCCUUAUGCAUCAGCACUGCAGGCCCAUGUCUAAUUGUGGCACCUCCGUAUUGCUGGAGCAGACAGUUGGUGGACACAAGCUGGCUAUAGAGCUCUCUCUGCUCUCAUACCAUGCCUCCUUCACUUUGCGGAAGAGCAGGUUAGUACACGGCUACAUUGCUGUGUACUCUGUCUCAAGAAAAGCCUCCCUGGAGACCCUCUGUGCCUUCUUGUGUGAGGUUCAGGACAUUAUACCAGUUCAGCUGUUGGCAGUGGGAGACAGUCAGGCAGAGCUCACUGACAGCGACUAUGCCUGUGAACAGCUGAUCCAGGGGGAGGAGCUAGCCCAUGAGAUUGAGGGUCGUUUCAAUAGUGUGGUUUGUGGAUCCGGGGGUGUGGUGGGAGGCCUGCACAGGAUAGAAAUGUUCCAUUCUUUUCUGAUGGAGGUUGUGGAGAAACGCAACAUUGUGGAGGCCACACACAUGUACGAUAAUGUUGCGGAAGCGUGCACCACUGAAACUGUGUACUCCCCACGCUGCAGUUCUCCCAGUCCUGUCACCAUGUUCCUGGAUUCAGAGGAUGAUGUAGAGCCAUCACCACCAUACUAUGAUGGCACACUCACUUCUCAUAGUGGGGGCUUCAACCUGCCAGACUUAGACUCCAGUGACAUCUCUGUCAUCUCUGAUAUCAGAGACUUUGAGAACAAACUCAACAACAAAAUACCCCCCCAAGUGCGAGUUAAACCAGGCGUCACUUUUGACUUUCGGAAGGUGAGCCGCAACCCAUAUAUCGAUACCCUAGGUCACCGUCGCUCCCUCCCCUCUACUGUUACCUGGGUUCCUGGUGGGGAUGUGGGUUAUGACCCCUCAGACUAUGCGGAACCCAUUGAUGCUGUUUCAAAACCCCGCCCUAGCAAUGAAGAGAUCAUCUACUCAGUGCCACAUGACAGCACACAAGGCAAAAUCAUCACCAUCCGUAACUCCAACAGGAUGCACUCCAAUGGAAACGGCUCAGACAGUGAAGCAGACAGCAGCUCUCUGGAGCGAAGGAGGAAGUUCUCAGCAGUGGGGGUGAAGCCUCGCCUGUACCGUGAUCGCUCCAAGCGGCUUGGCAAGUUCAGCAGCUUCCGCACGAGCUUCAUAGGCAGCGAUGAUGAGAUGGGAGCUCUUCCAAAGUCCAAGGAAGAUGACUUUGGGACCCUGAAAGGCGAAAGUCUUGUUAGUGAGGAGAGCGAAGACCCGAAAAAGAGAAACAUUCUGAAGAGCCUGAGACGAACAGCCAAGAAAACCAGACCAAAGCCCCGUCCAGCUAUUCCCAAGCCCCCGGAGAGCAGUUACUUUGGGGUCCCCCUAGUGAAUACCGUGUCUCCUGACAGACCUAUCCCACUCUUCAUUGAAAAGUGUGUCCGCUUCAUUGAAACAACAGGCCUGAAUACAGAGGGUUUGUACCGCGUAAGCGGCAACAAGUCAGAGAUGGAAAGCAUGCAGAGGCAGUUUGAACAGGACCACGGAUUAGACCUAGUGGAGAAAGACUUCUCUAUAAACACUGUGGCUGGAGCCCUCAAAAGCUUCUUCUCUGAGCUGCCUGAGCCCCUGGUGCCUUGUGCUCUGCAGGUGGACCUACUGGAUGCGUUCAAAAUCAAUGACAGAGAACAGAGGCUGUACACCAUGAAGGAUGUCCUGAGGAAGUUCCCCAGGGAGAAUUAUGAUGUCUUCAAAUAUGUACUGAGCCACUUACACAAGGUGAGCCAGCUGAACAGGUUGAACUUGAUGACCAGUGAGAACUUGUCCAUCUGUUUCUGGCCCACUCUCAUGAGGCCGGACUUCACCACGAUGGAUGCCCUGACUGCCACACGCACCUACCAGACAAUCAUCGAGACCUUCAUCCACCAGUGUGCAUUCUUCUUUUACAACCAGCCCCUCCUCGACUCCCCCACCGGCCUUGCGGGCCUCCCUGCCUCACCCACCACCACCCUCAGCGGGAGCUCUGCCUACUCUUGUUACCGCUCCUCUCCUCCUCACACCACCCCACACUUCAGCCCCCUGCAGCAGUCCCCUCCCACCACCCCCCAGUCUCCCCUGCAGUCCCUGCUGCCUCCCCUCCACCAGCACCCCCACUCCCACCAUUCCCCUGCCGAACAAGAGACACUGUGAGAGACGGUGAAACCACGUGUGCCCAUGAUGAUGCUGGACCUUAUCACCAACACACACACACAGACACACACACAGACACACACACACACAGACACACACUAAAAAAAACAAAAACAUGUGCACUUGCACACUACA